GACAGUACAGCAUUAUUUAGUACUAGACUACUUGGACCAAUAAUAACACAGGAGUGAGAGAGCAGUUUGUUAAUAAUAAUUCACUCGCAAAAUCUCAAGGAGUUGGAAGCAAAAAUCGAGCUCUGGGUCAAUGGCAAAGAAGGGUUUGUUGAACCAGUACUUGUUGCAGCUUCAGCAUCAUCCACUGAGAACCAAGGCAAUUACAGCAGGGGUGUUGUCGGGGAUCAGUGACUUGGUUUCGCAGAAGCUCACUGGGAUACAGAAGAUUCAACUGAGAAGGCUUGUUCUCAAAGUGCUUUUUGGAGUCUUAUAUCUUGGACCUUUUGGGCAUUUCCUGUAUAUUGUACUGGACAAAAUUUUCAAGGGCAAGAGGGACUCAAAAACAGUAGCCAAGAAGGUGGUGCUGGAACAGUUGACAUCUUCACCUUGGAACAACUUGCUCUUUAUGGUUUACUAUGGGUUGGUUAUUGAGGGAAGACCCUGGACGCAUGUGAAAACUAAAAUUAAGAAGGAUUAUCCAUCAGUGCAGCUUACAGCUUGGACGUUCUGGCCAGUUGUUGGGUGGGUGAAUCACCAGUAUGUGCCGUUGCAGUUUCGUGUCAUUUUCCAUAGCUUCAUUGCAUUUGGCUGGGGAAUAUUUCUGAAUCUACGAGCAAGAUCCAUGGCAUUGACAAAGGCGAAAUGAAAACAAGGAAAUUGAGUCUUCAGAUGGGACAAAUGCACAGUUUGUGCUAGCUUAUUCUUUGUGGCUCAAAGAUGAUGUCUAAGCAUUCAUGUAUUUUUAAAUAAUUGAAUAUCAAUCCUGACUCUCUGUGUGGUAUCCGUGGAUUAUUUAUCAAUGAUUUCAUGCUUCACUAAGCAUUUGUCAUUUGUCAUUUUAAAAUUUUUUCAUGGGAGUGUGCAAACAAGAGAAUUGACAAUUGGAUUGCUACAAGUUUAUGUCAAUUUCAACAACCAAGGAUAUGUCAAAGAUUGCUUUGCUUCCAUUCCGAGGUAAGUUCUUGCCUGCUAGCGAGCCCACAAAAGCAUGUGAGAGUGACAGUCCCAAGAAAUAAAAAACAUGUGAAUCAAUAAAUUCUUAAAUUUACUAUUGUUGUAUGCAGCAUUUCUAUCAAAUUUAUGUAAAAUUCACAUA